AUGGAAAAGAAAAGUGCAGAAGACCAUGAAGCAGGGCCACUUCCUUCACCAAGACUCAUUGACAGAUUUAGCUGUUUAAAGCAAGAUGCAUACCAUUCUCCCGAGAGUUUGAGCAAGGGAAGUGAAGAAAGAAGGAUAAGGAAAUGGAGGAAGAUGAUCGGGGUUGGAGGAAGUGACUGGAAGCGCUAUGUCAGGAGGAAACCUCAUGUGGUUAAGAGGCGUAUUAGGAAAGGAAUUCCUGACUGUUUAAGAGGUCUUGUUUGGCAGUUGAUCUCUGGAAGUCGAGACCUUCUGCUGAUGAAUCCUGGGGUUUAUGAGCAACUAGUCAUAUAUGAGACAUCAGCAUCUGAGCUGGACAUAAUCCGUGAUAUAUCUCGCACAUUUCCCUCUCACGUCUUCUUCCAGCAGAGACACGGUCCAGGUCAGAGGUCCCUUUACAAUGUAUUGAAGGCAUAUUCUGUUUAUGAUAGAGAUGUUGGAUAUGUUCAGGGAAUGGGAUUCGUAGCUGGUUUGUUGCUUCUUUAUAUGAGUGAAGAAGACGCCUUCUGGUUAUUGGUUGCAUUGCUAAAAGGUGCUGUCCAUGCUCCAAUGGAAGGGUUAUAUCAGGUUGGGCUGCCACUUGUACAACAAUAUCUAUUUCAGUUUGACCAGUUGGUAAGAGAGCAUAUGCCAAAACUUGGAGAGCAUUUUUCCGGAGAAAUGAUGAAUCCUAGCAUGUACGCGAGCCAGUGGUUUAUUACUGUGUUCUCAUACUCUUUCCCGUUCCACUUGGCGCUUCGAAUUUGGGAUGUCUUUCUUUACGAGGGUGUAAAAAUUGUUUUCAAAGUGGGUUUGGCUCUGUUGAAAUAUUGCCAUGAUGACUUGGUCAAAUUGCCAUUCGAGAAGCUAAUGCAAGCUUUGCGUAAUUUCCCUGAGGACGCCAUGAAUCCGGAUGUGUUGUUGCCAAUGGCCUACUCAAUCAAGGUGUCAGGUCGAUUGAAAGAGUUGAAGCUUGAGUAUGACCUGAAAAACGCUAAGGCGGUUCAACCCACAGAACUCUGCACAAAUGGGAAUAAGUAA